AUGCACGGCUUCCAUGCGCCCGAGGACCUCCAAAGGCUCCAACUAUUCGACUCCUUCAAUCCUGGACAGUCCCAAUUGCUCUCCGAUCGCUUCAAGCAGGAGGUUAAGCACCACCAGAUGGUGAUCAGCCUGCUUCAGCGUGCCCUGACGCGGAGCCAAAGCAUACCCCUCACGUUGACGGUUCGCUCUAUGAGCGACUUUCAGCCGGGUGCGCUGUCUUUGCUCGCCGUGCAGUCGUUUCGCUGGGAGAGUGUCACGAUCGAUGUGCCCCGCGGCAUGCACAAAGAGCUUGCGCCGCUGGACCGCGGCCUGCCGAUGCUGAAAACACUCCGAAUCACGCCGGCGUACGACCCGACGCGGAUCACCGGCCUCCCGCUCGACAUUCCUUUGCUUGCUGCCUUUGCCUCCGCGCGGAACCUGACACGGCUCGAGUAUAGUGGCCCGCUGAAGCCUCUGGCAGAGGCCGGCAUGACUCAUCUGCCGGUUGGCGGCACACUGUCCCUCGACAUGAUCCUCCUUGCAUCGGAGGCUGAUCUGUCCCAACUCCGCCAAAACCUCAACCACUCUCAGAGCGAAUCCCACAUCUUGAAGCUAAAGCUGAUCCUCUCUGACCACGCCCGCCCAGCGGCAGUCUCCCCACUCCUUGAGCUAUUCUUUGGUGCUGUUCCGUUGCCUCACUUGGAGGGCCUUGCCAUUCACACACCGGAGUACGUUGACGCGCCGCGGUGGCCCUCUCGUGCUGCCCUCUACAUGCUUCAACCCGCAAGCAAUACUAUGCGCGAGCUCGAUAUCGUGGACAUCAAUAUUACUCUAGCAGACUUGCUCCGCCUCCUCGCUUCACUGCCAUUCCUCGAAUCACUUGCAGUAGGAGACCAGGAGCUCCCCGCGGCGCCACUCAUCACCGACACCUUCUUUUUCGCCCUGCUCGCCGAUGGGGUCGGGGAGCAGAUCGCGUCGUUGCGGCUCUGGACGUGCAGGGCGUUCAGCAAUGCCAUGCUGCAAGAGUUUAUCGCCCGACGGGAGAGUGGCAAGCGGUUUAGGCUGGCGCUCACAUGGGUGCCUGGGACAAAGCAUGUCUUAAGCGAUGAGUUGCUGGGAACAAUUCAGCGGGAAAAGGAGAGAGGGACUCUGGUAUUUGAGUGUGGGCCGGUUCGAAGAGCUUGA